AUGAGCGCCUUCAUCAACAUCUCGUACACCUUCAUCGAGCAGAUCACGCUGCCGAGCUUCAUUGCCGAGACGCACGAUUCCAAGGACUUCCUUAAGGCACUGUGGGCCGUCACCAUCGCCGAGAUGAUCGUCUUGUGCAUCGUCGGAGCCGUCAUUUACGUCUUCACCGGCAACCAGUACAUGACGGCUCCCGCCUUGGGAUCGUUCGACAACGAGGUCUACAAGAAAGUCUCCUUCUCCUUCAUGAUCCCAACCCUGAUCUUCCUCGGCGUGCUCUACGCCAUCGUCUCCGCGCGCUUUAUCUUCUUCCGCAUCUUUGAGGGCACGAUCCACAAGUCCUCGCACACGGUGGUGGGCUGGAGCACCUGGGCCGGCAUCCUCGCGCUCACCUGGAUUGGGGCCUUCAUCAUCGUAGAGGCCAUCCCAUUCUUCUCCGACCUGCUGAGCUUGAUGAGCUCACUUUUCGACUCCUUCUUCGGCUUCAUCUUCCGAGGCGUCGCGUAUAUCCUGGGGGGUCACGUGGCUACAUGAGCAGAACCCGGCUGGGUAUGCGAAGCUGGGGCUUAAUAUCCUCAUCAUUGGCAUUGGCUUCUUCCUGGCGGUUGGGACAUACGUGUCGGUGCAGAGUAUUAUUGAUAGUCAUGCGGCGAAUGCAGUCUGUAGCGUCUUCACAUGUGCGAGUAAUGGGAUUUGUGCUUUGCAGAUACGAAAGGAACUCUGCGUGUGCACCUAUGGGAUUUUGCGGGUUUUUAGAGGGAAUGGCACAGAGGUUUGAUUUAUUUCGAUGGGCAUUGAUGGCUAUUGGAUAGUGCCAGGGUGCUAAGGUUGUGG